CCCAUGUCCGUCCCGUCUCGCUCGACUGACCAUAUGCUGCCCAUGCCCAUGCCCAUGUCCAAGGCCGGCCCCCAUCUUGAUCCCCAUACCCCAUCAGACCAAGAGACCAAGGUUUGGGACAUUCUCCUCCAUGUCUUUUUUUCGGUCGCUUGGUCCGUCACUCGGUCCAUGAACGCCCGUCACCCAGACUCCAGUCACUGUUUUCGCCUCCUCUUAAAAUACACCCCUUUCACUAUCUUUGCAUCCACCAAGGCGAGACAAGCGUACCAUUCAGAGUGAAGGGGGGAUACGUUGCCUUUGAUUCCCUGGCCAGCCCUACGGUACCGCAAUGUACAUACUGUAGCCCGCCGGCGGUCAGGAGAAUCUUACUAGCCCUCCUCGGCUCGAACUUCUCUAAUCCAGUGCUGUACUUGCUGUUCUCCUUUUUGUUUUCGGGCUUGACAAACGGCGACGCAGUAGUCGAUCGAAACAACUGAUUGAGAAAUUCGCGAAGAGGGGCAGCUGUACGGGGGAUCACAUAAACCAUUUGUAUUUGCAUUUGCAUCCCACCCCCCCAGUGCAUAGCCUUUUCUCUGAGGAUGGUUUUCUUUUGUCCUUCCUCCACCCGUGGUUGGUCUGGUUGCUGGUGCUGGUAGUGGUAGUCGAGGGGGAACAUCCAUCCAUAUUGUCUUCCCCCUUCGCCUCACACAUACUCUUUAACCUCCUUGGCCACUCUCUUAUCCUCCCCCCCCCCUUCCACUUCUUCUCUCCCUCCUUUACCCUCCCCCCUUCAUCCAUUCUCCUCUCUCUCUCUCUUUUCGCUACCUAUCCCUCGUCCUCGCCACCCAGUCUCCAUAUUUUGAUAUUCUUCCGUCUCCAACAAAACGUCUGUUACAAGCCUGUAAUGCCCAAGGGGUUCGGUGCAAAGCCCGUCCAAUAAUGGAUACUUGAAGUGCCAAACCACAAAGAACAUUGCCUCUUAAAUAUACGUCCUUCCCCCGCUACCCAAUGACACCGAUAAGCCAGGCUUAUCUCAUCCUUGCCUCCAUUGUUACUUGAGCCCACUGAUAUCGAUCCAUCGAAACCGGCCCGGUCCAAUCCCAACGUUCUGUUUCCUCCCGCGCCCCAAAAUCGGUCCUGCAUCCGCCACCCCCCCCCCCCGCCGCCCUCCGAAGAAACACUACCAUAAUUACAACCGCAUUUCCAUCACCAAAAACGGGCGCAAAUCAAACCGCUCGCCCACUCCCACUGCGGCCCUCGCGACCUUAUCUCUUCCCCCAAGGGCCUCAACCGGGCGGCGCAGACCCCCUCGGACCUCUGCAUCCCACCCCAGAUCUAACUGGGGGACCACUCGGCCUCACACUGCACUCACUCUCUGCGCUCUCUCAAGCAAUAGACAAGGAAGUCGAAUCCAGCGCGUGCCGUUUCUAAUCCCCGUUGCCGCUUAUCUCGUACCCCUGGCACCCGGCACUACGACAAGACGCUCACAUCCAUCCAUCCAUCCUCCUUACGGAACCGGUACCUGUCAACCUUACUCUUCCCACCUUGCACACAAUCCUCGCGUGGUCUUGGUUGUUCCGCACCUCUGCUCUGCCUACAGUAGUCGCAUCUCACCUUCCGGCCCCCUAGCCCCCAUCAAGCACAACAAAACCUCGCAAUCGCUACUGGUCGUCGUCCGUCUGCCUCAAUUUGCCCACUACCUACAUACCACCUUACUUGUUCGACCAAAGCGGCCUUAUCUCCAACUGACCGGCCUCGGCGCGCCGUAGCGUUAUCUAGCCCUGUCGUGGCCCGUCAGCUGUUUUGUGUUACAACACAGGCUCACCCAUCAGAACUCGGCGAGAUCGGAUUACCGCUCACCAACCAAUCUUGUUUGCCGCAUCCUGCAUUUGUGUGCUGCGCACAGAAUUCCGAAUCUCAUCUCAACCCGCCAGCAAAUAUCGCCUUUUGCCCUCGCCUCCUCGGUGGCGGUCCCAAAGUCCAAACGAGCAACGAGCCAGGAACGCAGCAACAUUACAUCACUUGCCUCUCUACCGCGCGCCGUGGGUCCCCGUUGCCCAGCGCUCAUGCCAGCGAGUGUGGUUACCUGGCUAGACUCUCUCUUUCCUGAGCCGUCCGGGAAGCCUAUCGUCCUAUCACCAUCUUCAUAUCUCCGGUCGACCCUGGAGUAACUCACACCCCCUUCAUCCCCCUCCUCCUCCAAUCUCCAGAUCAGACCAGGGCCCGGAACCCCGUCUUGACGAGCCGGGUCUGUCCGUCCCUCCGUCUCCCCUGCGUCGUUGGCCCAGCCCUGUCCGUAUAUACAUAGCUUUCUCUCUAUUGCCAGCGUCUGCCCAUCAUGUCCAACCCGAGUGCUGUCAUGAGGACAGCCCCCAUCGCCAUCGCUCCCAAGCCUCCCCGCCGCCAGAACUCGUACCGCCAGGACAGCUUUGCGAACCUUGAGCUUUUCCGCGGCAGCAUGCCUGGACGAGACAUGGCCGAGUCUGUUGGCUCCUACACAACUCGAUCUCUCAGCCCUUGCGAAUUCUGCCAUCGGUCUAGGGUCAAGUGCAUCGUGAGCGACGACGAAGAUAGCUGCAUACCCUGCCAGGCUAGCGGCUCUGAUUGCUCCCUGCUCAACAGUCCCCAGCCUAGAAAACGCAAGCUAAACGGCGACUUUGACGACAGUGGUAAAAGAAGUUCACCAGCCAAGACGGAUAUCAGAAGGCGAAAGCAACACCAGCCCAGCCUCUCCAGCACUACUGGGAGCAGCUCCUUCCUCGAAGACAUGGCUAAUGUCGGAGGCCCGACUCUGCUGAAGCGGACGCUGGGUCUCCAGAACGACCGCUUCAGCCAGUACAUUGGCCCGACGACCGAUUUCGAGCCAUCUCUCAUCAACCUCUCACCCUUCAACCCUCAGGACGAGAGCCUCUUGGCGCGCGGCACCCUGCGAAAGGUCAGCGAAGACGACACGUUCCUCCUGCUGCCCGACUCCAACACGCCGGGCCACGAGCAUGUCCUCGAGGAUGUCGAGGAGAUUGAGAAUCUCGUGAGGCCACAUGGCCGCAGGCUGGUAGACCUGUAUUUCCGCAUCGUCCAUCCUGCCUUUCCCAUCAUACAAAAGACUGUUUUUCUGGAAAAGUACGAACGCAGCUAUCGCGAGUUUUCGCCUUGUCUGCUGGCCGCCGUCUACUUGUUUGCCAUUAACUGGUGGGAGCACGAUGAAGACCUUGCACGAGCCCCUCGCCCAAACAUCCCCAACUUGGAACGUAUGAUCCGCACCACUCUGGCCGACGCCAUGUACCGGCCGAAACUGUCCACCAUCCAGGCCGGACUUCUCCUCUCCCAGCGACCUGAGGGCGACCAGUGGGCUCCGACAGCCCAGCUUGUAGCCAUCGCUCAGGAACUCGGCCUUCAUCUCGACUGCACGCAUUGGAAGAUACCACCUUGGGAAAAGGGACUGCGGAAACGCCUCGCCUGGGCCUUGUACAUGCAGGACAAAUGGGGCUCUCUCGUACACGGCCGGCCGUCGCACAUUUUCUCUUCCAACUGGGGAGUACAGCCACUCACGCAGCACGACUUUCCCGAUGUCGAAUGGGACGAGAACGAUGUAGAGGAGAAGCUGGAGAUCGAGCGUGGCCGAACUCUUUUCGGCCAGAUGGUACAGCUGUCGCAAAUACUCGCCGAGAUCCUCGAUACCUUUUACUCGUUGCAAGCGAUGCAAACCGUUACGAACGCCGGCGGCCAAGGCACGCACCUAGUUUUGGGCAUGGCGAAGCCUAUCCAGCUAAAGCUCAAGGAGUGGUAUGCCAGCCUACCGGCAGCGAUCCGCAUGGACAACACGUAUUCGACGAACCCGACUCCCGCGAACCGUCUGUCGAGCAUAGGAUACCUCCACCUGGCCUACUUUGCUGCCGAGAUUACUCUCCAUCGCCGCAUCAUCCGCUCGCUCGAAGCUACCGGGUCGGCCGUCGAUCCGUACGUUCAACACAUUUGCCGAAGUGCGGCAAAGGCACGGCUCAUCUCCGCGAUGGACUUCGUCAAUCGUUUGAACUCUUUCCAUCUGCGCUCUUUUUGGUAUUUCGCAUCCAAGACCAACUUUGCCCUCAUCGGCACGUUUGGUUCUCUCUUGUGGGCGACGUCGCCGGGAAGAGAAGAAGCCGACUGGUAUCGAAGGCGUUUGGGAGAAUACCGCUGGACUCUUUCCGUGAGCUCUAAACCUGGCGAAGGCAAGGGCCUGACAGAGUUCGCCAUGACUAUGCUCGACAUUUCAACCGGCCUCCUCAAAAAGCUCCCCGAAAAGCCAUCGAUGAGCCGCAGCGGCAGCGUUGUGGAUAUCGGACCUGGCAGCAUGAGUAGCAGCUAUGUUGGUAACAGUUUGCUUGCCUUGGGGCAAAGCGCCCCGCCGACGAUGACCUUAGGAGGGUUCAGUGGAUUUCAAAGCGCCGAUGUAAGCAAUGCUCAGAGCCCGAUAAGCGACGACAGCAGCGACGACGAAAUGUACGAGACAUUCGCCCCGACGGCGGGUAUGGCGGGUUAGGCCAAUA